AUGGAAAACUGGACUACAGAUAACAUGUUUGGCUAUCAAUAUUUGAAUGGCUGCAAUCCUGUCAUGAUCAGGAAGUGCGUGAAUCUUCCAGCGAAAUUUCCAGUCAGACAUGAGAUGGUGGAGGGCUCUCUGCAGAGAGGUCUUACCUUACAACAGGAAUUAGAGGCAGGAAACAUCUACAUAGCGGAUUAUGAAAUCUUGGAUGGAUUGGAUAAGACCCCCAAGUACUAUUUGACUGCACCCAUCUGCCUACUGUACAACAACAGACUGAAGCAAAUUGUGCCAAUUGCCAUUCAGCUCAGUCAAAAACCAGGGAGCCCAAUCUUUCUCCCAAAUGACGAUGGUUACGUUUGGAUGCUUGCCAAGAUGUGGGUAAAGUCUUCAGACUUUAAUGUACACCAGCUGGUCACACACCUUCUUAAGACACAUCUGAUGUCAGAGGUUUUUGAAGUAGCCAUGUACAGACAGCUCUCUCCAGUCCACCCUGCAUACAAGUUACUGGCACCUCAUGUCCGUUUCACAAUUGCAAUCAAUACAGAGGCCCGUAAAAGACUCAUCAAUGAAGACGGGGUCUUUUGCCAGAUUAGUAGUUUAAGUGCUGCUGGGAUUAAUGAAUUAAUGAAGAGGGCCACGAAGACUUUUACCUUCAAGUCCCUGUGUUUCCCUGAGGCCAUAAAAGAGCGAGGAAUGGAAGAUGCCCCCAAAUACUAUUAUAGAGAUGAUGGAAUGAAGGUCUGGGAGGCCAUUAACUGGUUUGUUUCUGAAGUGAUUGAAAUCUACUAUGACAGCGACGAGGCGGUUCAAAAAGAUGUGGAGAUUCAAGAAUUUGUUAAGGACGUUUCCAAAUAUGGCAUGCAGGACACCAAGGGUGAAAAGUUUCCACAGUCUCUGAAAACUCGUGAGGAGCUGUCUAAAUACCUGACUGCAGUGAUAUUCAAUGCUUCAGCACAGCAUGCUGCCGUCAAUUUUGGACAGUUAGACUGGCAUGCCUGGAUCCCCAACAGUCCUCCCAAUAUGCGCAAGCAGCCUCCACAAAAUAAGGACUUUGUGAAUUUGGAAUAUAUCAUGGAUACUUUGCCUGACCGUGAUUGUUCCAUUAAUGUUCUCGGAACAGCUUGGGGGCUCAGUCGGUUCCAGGAAAAUGAGCGGUUCUUGGGCAUGUAUCCAGAUAGGCACUUUAUAGAGGAACCAGUGAAGGAAGCCAUUAAGACUUUCCGCAUGAAACUAGAUGACCUGACCGACAGCAUCAAGUGCCGCAACAAAGGAUUAACAAUGAGUUAUUCUUAUUUGUCCCCAGACAAAAUCCCCAACAGUGUUGCAAUAUAA